CAUGUUUUGCCUCCUCGCAGCGGCGUUGCGACAGAGACGGAGAACGACAUGAAUGUAGAAAAUCCUCAUCAUCAUACGGCAGCAACAGAACCAGAAGCAGAGAGGGAGACAGCGACCGACGACGACAACGAGACUAUCACCAUUCAGACCACACUGGGAGACGAAGAUGAAGAUGUGCACAAGUGCGGACGCUGUCAGACCGAGUUUUCCACGUUGGAGGCUUUUAUCCAGCACAAGCUACAACACAACUGCAGACGUGCGGAGGCGAGCAGCCAGGAGGCCAACGAAGAGGUUACUGCAGCCAAUGGAGGUUCUUCUUCAGAGGUGAAAACAGCUGAUGGUGCAUCCUCAGAUGAGCCAUUGAAGAGCACUUAUGAUGGAAGCAGCAGUGGUACGUUGGGUCGAGGUAGCAGGAAGAAAGUCGUUUCACUCAAAGUCACGGACCACUCAGAUGGGACCGAAGGAUCCUUAUCUGACAAUGCUGACAGUGACCUCAAGCCUGUCUUCAAAGUCAACCAAGAGGGACGCUACAUUUGCCAACUUUGUGACAAGACAUUUAAAACAACCAACAUCUUGAGAACUCACAUGAAAACUCACAGCGACCACAAGAACUUCUCAUGUGACCUAUGUGGGACCUCCUUUCGCACAAAAGGCUCCCUGAUUCGUCACAAUCGUCGUCACACUGAUGAGCGGCCGUAUCGCUGUACCUUAUGUGGCCAGUCUUUCAGAGAGUCGGGUGCCCUCACCAGACACCUUAAGGCCCUCACACCCUGCACAGAAAAGAUCCGCUUUGUUCAGUACAAGGAGAUCUUGGUCAGCAAAGAUGGAGUACAAAAAGGAGUCGAAGAUGAUCAUGCUGCAAUGGCCGCUCAGCAGCAUGAGGUCGUGGUUGUGGAGCAACAGCCAGAAGAGGAGCAGGAGCAGGAGAUGGUAGAGGCUCAGACUGCUGUCGUCAGUGUGGUAGAGGCUGGUUCACAAGAGGUCCUCCAUCAGGUCCACUUCACAAUGGAGGUGAAUGGAACAACGCAGGAGCAACAAGUCGUAGUAGAGCAGUCUCAGGUGGAAGCCCUGGCGGCUGCUGCAGCAGCAGGCGACAACCUCAUCUGCCAGGCCAUCAUCAACUCUGGCAUCGCUCUGGAAACAGAGGAAGCUGUGGUGGAGGAGACCUCACAGGAAACCGAGGAGAUGGAUAAAGAGGUUUCUGGCUGUCCUGAUAUUGAUGAGAGUGUCACUGAGAUCCAGGUCAAAGAAGAGUUUGUGGAGAUGGAGGCAGAGGAAGCAGGUGAUGGAGUUGAGCAAACAUCUGCAAAAUUGUACACGUGUCCACACUGUAAUCGCUCCUUCAAGGGACUGAAUUACUUCCGUUUUCAUGUCAAAGGCCACUUGGGUUACAAGCCCUUUAAGUGCACGCUCUGCCAUAAGGAGUUUCUGACUGGUUACCUGCUGAAGAAACACAUGGAAGUCCAUGUCAGUGAGAGGAGGUACAAGUGUGGCGAGUGUGGCAAGCUGUACAAAACCGUCGGGCAUGUACGUGAGCACAUGAGGGCCCACUCGGAUGAAAGACCCUACCGCUGUGCCCGAUGCAACAAGGGUUAUAAGACCAAGAAUGCCUUGCAGGUGCAUCAGCGGACCCACGGGGAAGAUAAACCUUAUGUGUGUCAGUUCUGCUUGAGAGGCUUCAGGGAGAAAGGCUCUCUGGUGCGACACAUCCGCCAUCACACCGGAGAGAAGCCUUUCAAGUGCCCAAAGUGCGGGCGCGGCUUUGCCGAGCACGGGACUCUCAAUCGGCAUAUGCGUGCGAAAGGAGGCUGCCAGAAGGACGAUUCCAGUGAGCAGCCGGAUAUGGUAACAGAGGAGCAGGCGUCGGUGGACAGCCUCGCUACGGCAGCCAUCAUCUCAGAGGAUCCUCAUGCCGUCCUGGUGGAGUUCUCCUCCGUGGUGGCAGACACACAGGAGUACAUCAUCAAGACUCAAACAGAGGAGGACGUGCAGGAAGAAGAGGUUACACUCAUUCAAGACAGCCAGAAUGAGAUGGGAAACCACAUCAUGAAAGUGGUGCAGCGACUUGUCAGCCAGUCGCAAGGCGCCGGCGGCACGGGCAGCCACCAGAUCAUCGUGCGCAACAUGGCGAUGAACGAGGAGGCCGCGUCCAUCUCCGACUGUGGCGACACGAUCACCAUCGCUACGCCCGAGAGCCUGACGGAGCAAGUGGCCAUGACGCUGGCCUCCGCCAUCAGUGACGGCACGCUGCUGGGCACGGCGGGCACCGUGGAGACGGCACACGGAACAGUUACCAUGGUGACCACGGAGGAAGCAGUGGAGGAGGGAAUACAGAUGGUGCAGCAUCAAGAGGAGUAUGUCAUCACCUCCCCAGAGGAGGUGGAGAUUCAGACUGUCGUUUUAUGAUCGAAGAGGAUGCUAACUAUGGACUGAACCUGCGUAGCAGACUACUGGAGAGUUUAUAUGAGCCUCAUUUGUGAGAUUUGAUUUCAAAACAAAAGGCCAAAGUGUUUAUAGUUACAGAAAUAGAACAACCUACAAAGUGUGAAAGAUAAAGACUUUGCAUGAGGACUAGUUCUAUCGUGUGUUUGGUUUACUAAAAUGAAGCACUGCAUUCAGCUAAUUUUCAACCUUUAAGGUGCAUACAGCUUAAAAGAAUAACUAACCACAUUCAUUUAAUACGGUUUUCAUUUUGAAGGCCUGAACAGAUGCACAUUUCUUCUUUUAUGUGGUAUAAAAUGAACACGUCUUUGCCUUUUCAUCUGUUGUCGUAGCCUGGUCUCGUCUCUUUGCUGCAGUCAAAAAAAGUGAAAAUUCCCUCUUACUUAAAAUUUACUACCUAAAACGGCGUCAUUCCAUCAGCAGUUUUCACUUCUGCUCUCUGAUGUCCGGGUCGGCUACAGUCGAGUUUCUGAACUCUUUAUCGUCUCAAAAAUGAAAUGUGAUGCGUUUGAGGAGAGUUAUAAAACGUCCCAUGGCACAGUGUUAAAUCAUAAUGCAUCUUUUAAGCAUGACGACUACAGCAGACAUUAAGAUGUGGUCAGUUUACUUGAGCAGAGUUUGCAUCAAAUAAAUGCUAUUUUCUUAUACA